AUGGACGAGAAACAAAACUACCUAGUGCGGUCCGAGACCGUGAGCAGUGUGGCAAGUGAAGCAAGGGCCGUCGGCUCGACGGACCUGGUCGACGAGAAUGGGGAGAUUCGUCUGAUUCCGAUGCCCACCCCGGACCCCAAAGAUCCUCUCAAUAUUCCAGACAAGCAGAAGUGGCUAGCAGUCGGCAUCUUGUGUUUCUUUGGUUCUCUUGCUUUGAGCGCAGAGGUAAUUAUUGGCGCUCUCAUCCCAGUAUUUCUCCUGGAAUACUCCGGCGUCGAUCCACGGGUUCUGAACGACGUCGACUUUGUGGCAAACUCACAUGGCUCAAUCAACUUCAACCCGCUAGCCGUGGUACCACCCGGAGUCGUCCCAGCAGAUCUAGGCAAGGUAUCCCUGCUGGCCACCAUCCCACUUCUCGCCAACGGCAUCGCCUCGUACUUUCUCGUACCACUGUCCAUCGCCAUCGGCCGGCGCCCUGUACUCUUGCUGACCGGGGCCUGCGCAUGGAUCGGAGGUCUCUGGGCGGGCCUGAGCACCUCUCUGGAGAGCCACAUGGCGGCGCGGGCGCUGCAGGGACUGGGCGCGGGAGCGGUCGAGGCGCUUAUCCCGCUGAUCGUGCAGGACAUCAUGUUUAUCCACCAGCGCAACCGGGCCAUGAGCGCCGUGGUGAGCAGCCAGGGCAUCAUCAUCAUCGCGCUGGGGGUCGCGGCCCCAUACGUGGCCGCCAACUUCACCUGGCGCAUCCUCUACUUUGCCACGUCCGGCUUCGGCAUCCUGGCCUGGGGCCUGAUGAUCGCGUUUCUGCCCGAGACCAGGUGGACGCGGGGCAGGGAGGAGCUGAGCGGGCAGCGGAUCUACGAGCUCGAGCCCGGCGAGAAGAGGCCGAGGCUGGACCCCGACACGUAUGGGCCGAGGACCACCUACACGACGAUAGGGUUCUUCCAGUUUGGCUUCGAGUGGAAGGAGGCGGGCAUGUCGAUGCUGGACACGCUGCGCACGACACUGUUCCCGGCCAUCGUGUGGGCGACGCUGGCGAACUCGGCGUUCGUCAUCAUCAACCAGGCGGCGCAGCAAUUGGGUUCCUUCGCGCUGUUGGCUCAAGGCUGGCAAUUUCAGUACACCGGCCUCUCGGUCAUCCCCACCGUCGCCGCCACGAUCGCCGUCUACUUCCUGGGCGGGCCUCUGUCGGACAAGGUAUCGCUCAUGAUCACGCGGCACCACAACGGGGUCCGCGAAGCCGAGUUCCACCUGCCCAACCUGCUGCUGCCCUUCGCGUGUGGGAUCCUCGGCUGCUUUGUCUUCGGGUACGCCGGGCAGAACAACCUGCACUGGGCGUUCAUCCUGCUCGGGGCGUUCUUCCUCAUCUUCGCCUUCCUAAUGGUGCUGACGGUGGUUAACGUCUUCGUGGUCGAGUCGUACCCCAUAUGGGCAGGGCCCGUGCUCGUCAACGUGAGCAGCCUCCGCAUCAUCAUCGCCUUCUUCCUCAGCAGCCAGAUCACCGUUUGGGUCACCGAGAAGGGCAUUCUCAACACGUUCGCCAUCUACGCCGAGGCCCUCAUCGUGCUCAGCCUGGGCAUCCCCGCCUUGUGGUUCUGGGGUCGGCGCCUCAGGAUCUGGACGGCUGGGAGUGUGAACAAGGUGGACGGGGGUAAGCCCAAGCAAGUGGAACAUAUUGGAUAUGCGGUGUAA